CCAUACCCUACAUGCAUGCACACACGCUGCGUGUACACUGAAGGCGCGCUCUGCACCCCUUGCACGCACACCCCAUGCACACACGUUGCACGCACACGCACUACUCACGCACAUGCUCGUUUACACUCGUGCUUCCUCCUCCCGUCUCACCAAUCAGAAGCCUGUUGCUAGGCAGACUUCAGCUCGCGCGCGGCCACUCAGGACACUGACCUCGCUUGUAUCCGGGUAGGAAAGCCAGAGCAGCCAAUCGCAUUAAAGGAGAGCGCAGUAUCCGGGCUGACCGGCGGCGCCGUACCCAAUCAGAAAAAAGCGGCUGGCGGGGCCCGCGGGCGCGUCCCGCUGGGGCGCAGCACUUUCGGUUCCUGUUGCGCGCGGGGCAGCGGCACGUGGCGGGGACCGAACCGGACCGAACUGGACCGAACCGGCCCGGCAUGAGACGGGCCGCGCCCCCGCUGUAGCCGCCCGCAGGAGCAGGGUACCCAGAGCCGGCUGCAGUCUGUGCUGCUGGAGACAUCCCUCCUAGGACCACUGGGGCCGUUUCCGUGUCCAUUGGUGCCUCGUGUCCAGCUGAUGGAGCUCAGCCUGCAGAGCUGGGGCACGUCUUCUGACCAGGAUGGACAGGGGCUGAGGACGGGAACCAAAUGUCAUGGCUGACGAAGAGCUGAGCACCCGAGCCAGCAAAAAGGGAAGUUUGUCACCCAGCAGCUCCCGGGGCAGCACGACGGAGUCGAGCACACUGCUGCAGGAGCUGAAGAGCACCAUCUCCAAAUCCGUGCAGAACAAAGUUGACGCCAUCCUGCAAGAUGUCCAGAAGUUUUCAGAUAGCGACAAGCUCUACCUCUACCUCCAGCUGCCUUCAGGACCAAGCCUGGGGGAGAAGAGCAGUAGCCUGGACUUGAGCUCGCUGAGCACAGCCGAGUACAUGCAUGCGUGCAACUGGAUCCGGAACCACCUGGAGGAGCACACGGAUACCUGCCUGCCCAAGCAGGACGUCUACGACGCCUACAAGCGAUACUGCGAUAACCUCUGCUGUCGCCCUCUGAGCACCGCCAAUUUCGGCAAGAUCAUCCGGGAGAUAUUCCCAAACAUCAAAGCCCGACGGUUGGGAGGCCGAGGACAGUCGAAAUACUGCUACAGCGGGAUCCGGAGGAAGACGGUGGUCAGCCUGCCGCCCCUGCCUAGCCUAGACCUCAAAGUGACCGAGACCCAGUCAGAGCUGACGGACCUGGUGCAGUCCUACAACAGCGAGGUGAUGGAGGCGGCCUGCGCCCUGACCUGCGACUGGGCCGAGAAGAUCCUCAAGCGCUCCUUCAACAACAUCGUGGAGGUGGCCCAGUUCCUCAUCCAGCAGCACAUCAUCAGCUCCCGCUCACCUCGCGCCGACCUGGUCAUGGCCAUGGUGGUCUCAGAGAGCACGGAGAAGGUCCACCGCGAGAGUUGGACCCCAUCGACAGUGAAGAAGAAUGGCCUGGACACCUCCGAGAGUGGUGACAGGAGCCAGGGGCAGAUCAAGAAGGAGAGCAGCCCCAAGACCCCCGGCCCGCCCCGGCCUGAGAAGAAGAAGCCCCUGGAACCCCCCAAGGCGGCCAGCAGCCCCCAGGUGAACGCCUUGGUCGCCCGCCUGCCCCUGCUCCUGCCCCGCAUCCCGUCGGGGGAGUGCCUGACGGCACCUGGCGCCACAGCCGUCCGCUCCUCCCCUCCCGUCCUGGCCCCCAAAAUCACGGCCGCCCCCCUGGGGGGCACGGUCAAGGUGGCCCUGCCGCUGCCGGUGGGCACAGCCUCCCCCUCCCUACCCCUGGGGCUGGCCCCGGGGGCCAAUGGGCCAGCCGGGCUCCUGAGCCAGCAAGCCGCCGUCCCGGUCCUCAACGUGCUGCUGCCUGGCGUGGGCGUCCCCGCGGCCGAGACCCCCGCCAACCCCCGGAGCGCGGGGGGCAGCGAGGGUCCCGGCCCCCAGGACUCGCAGCGCCCCAAGGCCACCAAGCGUCCCCUGGAGCCGGCCAGCGAUGCUACGCCCCAGAAACGGAGACGUGGGCGGCCACGGAAGAGGCCGGAGGAAGGGGCCGUGGGGUCCCCCGGGGAGACGGCAGAGCUUGGCAGCGGGGCGGCUGUGGGUACCGAUGGCGGCGGCUCUCCCAGAGGUGGCAGUGCCACCGGACCCCUCGGGGACGGCUCGGCCGGGGGGUCCCUGCCCACCCAGGUCAGCGUCAUCCAGGACGGCAGGACCAGUGCCAAGGUUGUCGACGGCCACGAGCUGGCACCGGAGGAGGAGGAGGCACAGCGGAGCCUGGACGAGGCCGGGUCCCCACUGGGUGACACCGGGACUGCCUGGGACCCCCCUGCCGGGGACCCCCCUGCCUCACACCACGACGGACGGACACAGGCAGGCGCCGGUUCCGCUGCUGACACGUCCCAGGGCGGCUCACCGGGGCGGGCAGGGCUCUGUGCCCACCCUGGCACUUAGGGGCUGCUCCCCGGGUGGCCCCCCCCCGCCCCGUGCCUUGCCGUGCAUCCUGCCAUUAAAAACCAAGCGCUCUGUC